GAUAAUUUUUUGCGGUAUAUUUUUAUAUAACGUUAAUAUGCUUGCUGAAUAUUGUGAAAUAGGAAAAUUAAAAAAAAAAUAACAAAAAAAUAAUAUCAAUAAAAGGGAUAACUUGUUGAUAUAAUAGUCAGUUUGAAUAAAAAGAAUAUUAAAAAUAUUUAUAAAUAAUCAUAUAGAAAACGAAAUAUAUUAAAAAUUUCAAUACAAAAAAAUUUUAAAAUAUAUACAUGUUAAAUAAUAUAAUGUUAAAGGAAUACAAAAAAUAUAUUAUUUUGAAUGGAAAAUAUUCUUACAAGAAGGAUAAAAUAUAUUUAUGUGGAAUAUGAGUGUUUUUUUAAAGUGAGAGAUAAAUGAAAAAAAAAAAAUUAAUUAUAAAAAAAGUGCUUUCAAGACACAGAUACUAAUAUUUGAAUAGACAAACAAGACUGAAUGUAACGAAAUUAUACAAUACCAGAGAAAUAAUAAAACUAGAGAGAGAAAUAUAAUAUAUAAAAAAUACGCAGCUAGAUUGAGAGACAGAGAGAGACAAUUUUUAAGAGAGAUUUAUUUACGAAACAUUAUCAAAAACUAAUUAUAAGUAUAUCACAGAAAAAUCAACCAAUAAUAUAUAUACCUCGCCACUGCAAAACUUGAAGACAUUUACCAAUAAAAAGGAAGCGGAAAUUUUAAUCGGGAAAUCAUCAAAUAAAAAACACAAGAAAAAGGCGACGACGGCUGUAAAUACCGUCUGAUGUUUCAUUAAUGUUUACGAAAAUUUUCCCUAUAUAUACAUUUAAGAAACACACACAAAAGUAGUUGUAAAAUUUCAAACCCUUCAGUUUUUUGAAGGGGAGAUACUUCAUCGCAGGCAUUUUUUGCUUAUUGUUUUUGACAAAAACCGUGAUACUAAAUAAUUAAAUACUCAGCAUGGGAGUGGCUGAAGAUUUCGCUCCCAGCUUCGUAAAGAAGCCACAAUUGCGUCAAGAAGAUGAUGGCAAUCGUUUAAUAUUUGAGUGUCAAUUAUUGUCAUCGCCUAAACCAGAUAUUGAGUGGUAUCGCAGCGAUAAUUUAGUAAUAGAGGAUGAACGUACAAAAUUUAAAAUCCAACCAAUUGGUGAUAACAAAUUUACUGUAGUAUUAGAGCUCGAUGAUGUCAUCGAAACAGAUGCCGGACUUUACAAAGUAAAGGCCAAAAACAAAUCGGGCGAAGUUUCAGCCUCUAUAAAUUUAAAUUUCACACCUGCCGAUGAACCAAAAGAAAAGCAAAUCGACGGAUUCGCGCCGACAUUCGCGAAAAAGCCUUCAAUUCGACAGGAAGAUGAUGGCAAACGACUACUGUUCGAAUGUCGGGUAAAUGCAGAUCCCAAACCCACAAUAACAUGGUUCCACAAUGGCACAAUAGUCAAAGAAUCCCCGCGCCAUAAGAUAAGUAUCGAUAAGGAUGGUAACUCAUAUUUUGCAACACUUGAAGUUAAGAAUGUAACGGUUGAGGAUGCCGGUAAAUACAAAGUGAAUGGCAAAAAUGAGCUGGGUGAAAGUAAUGCUACAAUUAGCUUAAAUUUCGACAGCGAUGAAGCUCCAGUACCUGAAGAUGGCAUAAAACCCACAUUUACCGAACGACCAGUCAUACGACAAAGCGAAGAUGGUGGCAAUGUAACAUUCGAAUGCAGAUGUGUUGGUGAUCCCAAACCUGGAGUUACGUGGUACCACGCCCAGGAUGAAUUAAAAGAGGGAGGCCGUUACAAAAUGUCUUUGACAUUGGAUCAGAAAUUAUAUCACAUGGCUUGCUUGGAAAUAUCAAAUGUUGUAUCAAGCGAUCAAGGUGAAUAUCGUGUUAAGGCCAAAAAUAAACACGGAGAGGGUGUAUCUACGAUUAAUUUAAAUUUCGAAGGAGGUUCAAAAAAAAUACCCGAUGGAAAAUCACCGCGCUUUCCUAAGAAACCAACAAUACGACAAGAAGAAGAUAUUUUAAUCAUGGAGUGCAUAUUAGAGGCCCACCCGGUGCCAGAUAUUACCUGGUAUCGUGGUGAUGAUAAAAUCGAUAAUUCAUCAAGGAUUAAAAUGUCGCGCAAAGCCACAUCAAAGGACAGCUAUGUGUUGACUUUGGAAAUACAGAAUCCGACCAAAGAAGAUGGCGGCAAUUACCGUUGUAAUGCAUUUAACAUGUAUGGCGAGAGCAAUGCCAAUAUUGCGCUCAAUUUCCAAGGCGCUAACGAUGCAAAUGGAUUUGCACCAUCAUUUAUCGAAAAACCACGAAUUAUUCCAAACGACUCUGGUACACUAAUCACGAUGAAGUGCCGAUGCAAGGCUAAGCCUGAACCAACUGUUACUUGGUACAGAGGCCAGGAAGUGGUAAAUAAGUCAAGUAAAAUAAAGAUUAAAACGACUGUGAUUGCCGAAGACACCUAUGAGUUGACUUUGGAAAUCAAGGACCCCGGCGCAUCCGACGGUGGCACAUAUAGAUGUAACGUUCAAAACGAAUAUGGCGAAUCGAACGCCAAUCUCAAUUUAAAUAUCGAAGCGGAACCAGAACCUGAAGGUGAAGGACCAACAUUUGUCGAAAAGCCACGUAUUGUUUCCGAAAACAAUGGAAAGCUGGUUAUAAUGGAAUGUAAGGUUAAAGCAGAUCCCAAGCCAGAUAUUGUAUGGUAUCGCAAUGGUGAAGUGGUCAAAGAAAGUAAUAAAAUCAAAAUGUCCAUGGAACAACGUGGAGACCAGUAUUACAUUAAACUGGAGCUAAUUGACCCUCAAUUGGAAGACUCCGGUUUAUAUAAGUGCAAUAUCAAGAACAUUCUGGGUGAACUUAAUGCCAAUCUUACACUUAAUAUUGAAAUUGUUCCUGUUAUCAAAGAUAAACCCAAGAUCAUUAAAAUUAUUAAAAAACGCACUGUGGUUAUUGAGUGCACAGUGGCCUCGAAAUUCGAACCCAAGUGUACCUGGUUUAAAGAGACUAAUGAAGUUAAACAAAGCAGUCGCCAUGUUUAUGUGGUAGAAAAGACCAAAGAGGGUGAAUUUGCAGUUAAAUUGGAAAUCAAUGAAGUCGAGGAGACUGACAAGGGUGCAUAUAAAUUGGUAGCCAGCAAUGAGAAGGGUGAAGCCGUCUCUCAGAUUGUCAAUUUGGUUGACAUACCCGAGGAAGAACGAAAGCCCACAAAACCGGAAAUAACACGCAAACUCACCGAUCAAAAGGUGGUUGAAGGCAAAACUUUCGAAUUGUUGAUUAGUCUCAAGCAAUCAGAUCGCAAAUGCAAAAUCGAAUGGUACAAAGGCACUACUUUGGUUAAGGAGACUAAAGAUAUUACUACAACUUUUGAUGGUACAACUGCUCGUUUAACAUUGAGUUCGGCUCGCAUGGAGCAUAGCUCCACUUACAAAGUUGUCGUUGCCAACGAGGCCGGCAAAGAUGAAUCCACUUGUAAGAUUGUGGUCGAAAAGAAGCAGGACAAGAAAAAACAGGAGGAAGAAGCUGCCGAAGUAAAACGCAAGGAGGAGGACGAAGCAAAGGCCGAAGAAGAAAAGCAGCAAAAGGCUGAGGAAGAAAUAAAAAAGAAGAAGACUGAAGAAGAAAAGAAAAAGAAGAAGGCUGAAGAGGAUAAGAAAAAGGACGAAGAAGAAAAGAAAAAGGUCGAAGAAGAAAAGAAGAAGGUCGAAGAAAAAAAGAAGGCCGAUGAAGAAAAGAAGAAGACCGAAGAAGAGGAAAAGAAGAAAAAGUCUGUGGAAGAUGAAAAGAAAAAGAUCGAAGUAGAAAAGAAAAAGGAAGAGGAAGAAAAGAAAAAGGUCGAAGAAGAAAAGAAAAAGAGCGUAGAGGAUAAGAAAAAAGCUGACGAAAAGAAAAAGAAAUCCGUUAGUAAACCAGAAGAUAUUGUUGACGGUACUGAAAACAUUCCUGAAGAGAAAGAACUGUUUGAGCAAAUCGGACUCAAAAAGACAGAACAACGUGUACAACAGCGCAAGACAAGUGUUUCAUCUGUUCAAGAGGAAACUAAAGAGACCCGUCGCAAGUCUAUAAUAAGUACCCACGAUGAGUCUACAGUAUCAUCCCGUCGUUCAUCCGUAGCGAUUGAAGAAACCAAGACUGAAUCUCGCCGCUCUUCUAUCAUUGAGAAGAAAGCCUUAGAGCAAGGUGAAAAUAAGACCUUACAAGCUAAUAAAGCACCUCAAGAGAUUAAAGAGGAAAUACCCAAACUUAAACCCGCCGAAAAAAGACGUGUUUCGAAGGUCAUUGAAGAGCCUAAACCAGCUGAAGAACUGCCUAAAUUGCGCAAGACUUCGAUAGCUCAACCAAAGGAAGAACCAAAACCAGAAGCAGCUAAGCCUAAAGCAAAGGCUAAGCCAAAACCAAAAUCGAAAUAUGAAGAACUGCCUGAAAUACCGGAUUAUGAAAGACCCGUAUUGGAGAAAUUCGAAAAACCUGAAUUUGAAGCCAGUGACUUUACUCGAGCAUCAGAAAUUCCAAAUAAAAUGGAAAAACCCGUCUUCGAUACAGCCAAGCCGGAGCCACAGCAGGCUGUACAAAAGAAUGGCCUACCCAAGAAAGAAGCCGCUGUCGAAAAACCUGCUGAUGAGCCUAAAGGCUUUAAAGUUGGUAAAGGUAAACUUCCUGAAGAAAGUAAUGACAAGGAUUCUGCUACUUUGCGUCCUGUAAUCAUUGAACCAGAGAAAAAAGCUGCUGAAGUUGCCGUCGAAAAACCAGCAGAGAACAUAAAUAACGACAAACGUCAGUCAAUAUCGGAACUAAUUAAACAGAGACGUCGUUCAUCUGUACGUGCUCUAAUGACCAAAGAACCCAUACAGAAGGAAAGUUUUCUGGGUGUUAUCCUUAAACCAGUCGUUAGAGAUCAAAAAGAGUGUGAGGCUCCUCAACAAGCCAAACAAUUGUUGAAGGAAACUGUUCAAAUGGAAUUUAAUCCAAGCAAAGCUUCAAAGGCCCAAAUAUCCCACUUAAAGAAGUCAGAAGGUUUGCCAGAAAUUCACGACAAUUACCAACGUCCAAUAUUAGAAAAAUAUGAAAAACCCGAAUUUGAAAAAUCCCUAAAAGAAAAACCCGUACCCGAAAUUAAAACUCCCGCGGAGCCAUCAGGCCAAAUAGUGGCUAACGAUGAAAACAAAUCGCCCAUUAUUAAAGUUCCUAUGGAACAAGUGGCUCCAGAUGUUAAGGAUGAUAAGCCCAAAAUUCCUAAGGUGCAACCUCCAGCUCCUGGAGAGCCACCUAAAAUUGAAGUCAUUCGCGAGAAGAGGCCUUCAUUAGCCCCUGAACCACAAAGUAGAAGAGGCUCAUUGGUACCACCCGAAACUGGUCGUCGCCCGUCAUUAAUUAUUAAUGAUGAGAAGAAACUACGUCCGGGAGAAGUUAUGGACACAAGGUUAUUGAGACCUGGAGAAGUUGGUGACGGACAGAAAAACAAACCACGUCCCGGCGAAAUGGGUGAUUCUAAACAGAGACGUCGCACGUCCAUCGAUGUACGUCGUCCCAGUGUUCAGGAUCUUGAAGAUCUCAUUAAUAAGCCGUCAACUCCAUUGCGCGAUAUCGGUGAUGGCGGACCACCCACAAUUAUCGAUGUACAGGAAUCAUAUUCCGUUGUUGAAGAUUCGACUGCCUACAUGACAGUAGGAAUAGAAGGUAAUCCAGCACCAACGUUUAAAUUCUACAAAGGUAUUAGUGAAAUCCUCGAAGGUGGUCGUUUCAAAUUUUUGACCGAUGGUCAAACAAAUACCAUUACAUUAUGUAUGCGUAAAUGUAAGCCUAAUGAUGAGGGAAAAUAUAAAGUUGUGGUAUCAAAUAUACAUGGCGAGGAUUCAGCCGAAAUGCAAUUAUUUGUAUCUGAUUCAAGCGGCAUGGAUUUCCGUGCCAUGUUAAAGAAACGUCGUUAUCAAAAAUGGGACAAAGAUCAAGAAGAUCCCAAUUGGGGUGAACUUAAAGAAACCGAAAAACCAAUGCCUGCUCUUAAGAAAGUCGAAAGGAAACAAGAGUCGUUCUUAAGUCCAUUGAUUGAUCAGUUUGCAAAAGAAGGAAAGGAUAAGAAGGUUGUUUUUGAAGCUCGUUUCAGCAAACCCAACUGUAAACCUAAAUGGUUGUUCCGCAAGGAUGAAUGCUUCCCCGGCAGUAAAUUCAAAUUCAAGAAUGAAAAUGAUACAUACCAACUGAUUAUUACCGCACCUAAAGUUGAAGAUACAGGCAAGUAUACUAUUGAAAUCGGCGGUGUUUCGAGUACGGCUUUCCUUAAUGUGGAAGAAGCUGAUCCUAGCUACACUUUCACUAAACCUCUGAAAAAGAAACUUGAAGGUUAUACAGAACACGAAACAACGUUAGAAUGUUCGGUUAGCAGCAGCAUGGCCAAUGUAUCAUGGUUUAAAGACGGCAAAAAGAUCGAAUCUGAUGAUCCUCGUUAUCUUAUCUCGAAAGAUAUCAAUGGUAAUCUGAAGCUGAUAAUUAAAGAUUCUUUAUUGGAAGACACCGGUCACUACACUUGUCAAUUGGACAGACAACCGGACAAAACCGAAUGCAAACUUAAAAUUGUCGAGUACCCAUAUAAAUUCGUAAAGGUUUUGAAGUCUCAACAAUGCAUCGAAAAGGAUACCGUCACCUUGGCCUGUGAAAUUGAUGAUGCUCAGGGUGAAGUGAAAUGGUGGCGUAACGAUGAAGAAAUUAAGCCGGACAAACGUAUACAAAUCGUUAAAGACGGACGCAAACGUAAACUUAUCCUUAAAGACUGCAAAGUUACCGAUGCCGGCAUGUUUAAAUGUACCACGAAUGCCGACAAAACUGAAGCCGAAAUCAUCAUUAACUAUCAAAAUCGCUUCAACAAGAAACUUAAGGACACCGAUGCCGUGGAACGCGAGAAAUUGGUACUCGAUGUUGAAUUGCAAGAUCAGACAGCACCAUGUGACUGGAAAUUCAAUGGCGAGCCAAUUGUUCCCAGUGAUCGCAUUGAGAUUAAAAAUUUGGGUGGUGGCAAACAUCAACUAGUAUUCAAUAAUUUAGAAUUGGCUGAUGAGGGUGAGAUCACUUGUGAAUCUGGUCAAUUGAAGUCAAGCUGUAAGCUUACUGUACGUAAAGGAGAAAGUAAGCCUAAUAUCGACUGUCCCGAUGAGUUUGCUGGUCCGAUUAGUGCACCCGUUGUAUUGGAAGUACCAUACAAAGUUAACGGUACUAAACAAACACCAGUCGAGGCCAAGCUUUUGAAGAAUGGAAAGCCUUUGGCUGUGAAAGAUGUAGAGGUUGCUAUUACGGAUGAUAAAAUCACCUUCAAAAUUAAGAAACCUACACGAGACAUGUCCGGCCCCUAUCAAAUCAAGUUAUCUAAUGGCCAGGGUGAUGACAUUAAGGAUGUAAAUGUAAUUUGCCAGGAUGUACCUCAACCACCGCGCGAUGUUGAUGUCACAGACAUAUACCAAACGUCAUGCAAAGUAGUUUUCAAGCCACCUGAGGAUGAUGGUGGAUCGCCAAUUGUAAAAUAUAUUGUGGAAAGACAAGACAUUAGUAAGAAGCAAGGUUGGGAACCUGUAGCUGAAGUAUUGCAGGGUGAACCGUGCUCAAAGAGCAUCGAAGACUUGGUACCGAAAAAACAAUACAGAUUCCGUAUUCGUGCUGUCAAUAAGAUCGGUCCUUCUGAUCCAGCUACAUUUAAGAAUACUAUUCUUGCAAAGGAUCCAUGGGAUGAGCCUGGCAAACCUAAAGAUGUAGAUUUAACUGACUGGGAUAAAGAUCAUGCUGAUCUUAAAUGGGAAGCUCCUGAAAGCGAUGGUGGAGACCCCAUUACUUCAUACAUUAUUGAGUACAAAGAAAAGUUCUCAAACGAUUGGGUUGCAGGUAAAGAGGUGCCCGGCAAUGCUCGCGCGGGUACUGUAGAUGGACUUAAAGAAGGACAACAGUACGAAUUCCGAGUCCGUGCUGUUAAUAGGGCCGGUCCAGGUGAACCUAGCGACAAGACAAAGGCUAUUAUCGCGAAAUGCCGUUUUGUCAAGCCAUUCUUAGUGGGCGACGGUCUUAAGAAUAUUACAGUAAAGAAGGGACAAACAGUGCGCUAUGACAUAAAAUACGAUGGAGAACCUGAACCUAAAGCUACUUGGUUCAAAGGUGAUAAAGAGUUGGUAUUCGACAACCAACGUAUAGUUUUGGAGCAACUUGAACGAAACUCCUCGAUCACCAUCAAGAAAGCUGUGCGCAAAGAUACCAGCAAAUAUAAACUGGUUUUAUCUAAUAGUUCUGGAACUAUUGAGUCAGAAGCACAAGUUAUCGUUUUAGACCGUCCUCUAGCCCCUGGUGGUCCAUUUGAACCUGAAGAAGUGCGUGCCGAUCACAUCAAAAUGAAAUGGAGACGUCCAGAAGACGAUGGUGGUUGUGAAAUUACCGGCUAUGCAUUAGAACGUAUGGAUGAAGAAACUGGACGUUGGAUACCAGCAGGAGAAGUCGGUCCCGAUGAAACCUCAUUUAAUUUCAAGGGACUUACACCUGGUAAAAAAUAUAAAUUCCGUGUUAAAGCCAUCAACAAAGAAGGUGAAUCAGAACCUUUGGAAACGUCUGAUUCUAUUUUGGCAAAGAACCCCUACGAUCCACCAAGUGCACCCGGUAAACCAGUUAUUGAUGACUACGAUAAUAAGAGCGUUACACUAAAGUGGAAAAUACCUCCCUCCGACGGUGGUAGACCAAUUCUACACUAUGUCAUAGAACAAAAGGAUAAAUUUUCACCCACCUGGACCGAAGUGGCUAAAACUGAAAACGCUUCUCCCACCUGCAAAGUGGAGGGCUUGAAGGAAAAAAUGGUUUAUCAGUUCCGUGUACGUGCUGUUAACAAGGCAGGACCAUCAGAGCCAUCCGAACCUACAGAUAACCAUUUGUGCAAACACAAGAACCUGAAACCUCAAAUUGAUCGAUCAACAUUCAAGCGUGUCACAAUCAAGACUGGGCGCACCCAUAAAUGGUCUGUGGAUGUUAUUGGUGAGCCUGUACCAACAUUAAAUUGGAGUUGGCGAGAUAACAUCCCACUGACCACUGGUGAUCGUAUUAAGAUUGAAAAUGUCGAUUAUCAUACCGAUUUCAUUAUUUCGAAUGUCGUUCGUAAGGAUACUGGUAUGUAUACAUUAAAAGCAGAAAAUCGCAAUGGUGUUGACACUGAGACUGUGGAAUUAUUGGUUUUGGGUAAACCAACCUCGCCUAAGGGUCCACUUGCCGUCAGCGAUGUCACUGCCACCGGUUGCAAAUUGCAAUGGAAGAAACCUGAAGAUGAUGGGGGUGUACCAAUUAAGGAGUAUGUUGUUGAAAAAAUGGAUACAGCUACUGGCAAGUGGGUGCGCGUCGGUCGUUCUCCUGGUGAGAAAGAACCUCCCAGUUUUGAUGUGACUGGCCUGAAUCCGGGCUCCGAGUAUAUGUUCCGCGUCUCUGCAGUCAACGAGGAAGGCGAAUCGGAACCACUUACUACCUUGGUGGGUGUAGUUGCUAAGGAUCCCUAUGACGAACCUAACAAACCAGGUACUCCUGAGGUAACAGACUACGAUAACCAGAGUGUCUCUCUUAAAUGGACUGCACCAAAUAAUGACGGUGGUGCACCGAUUGAGAAAUAUAUUAUUGAAAAGAAGGACAAAAAUAAGCCUGACUGGGAGAAGGCUAUUGAGGUACCUGGUGAUCAGUUAGAGGCAACCGUUGCUGGUCUUCAAGAAUAUGGAGAAUAUCAAUUCCGUGUAGUUGCAGUUAAUAAGGCAGGUCCAUCGGCACCAUCAGAUGCCAGUAAAAUGCAAAUUGUCAAAUACAAGAAACUUAAACCCCGUAUUGAUCGUACCAACCUUAAACCACUACUUAUUCGUGCUGGCAAACCAAUUAAAUAUGAUGUUAAUGUGCGUGGUGAACCAGCACCCACAAUUACAUGGUAUCAAAAUGAUAAGGAGUUAAAACCUGAGGAAGUACCAAGCAAUUGUGAAAUCAAGAAUGUACCUUACAACACGAAAAUAUCAAUUAUUGAUGCUGUGCGUCAACAUACCGGUAUAUACAAAAUUCGGGCUGUUAACGAACACGGAGAGGAUGAAGCGACGGUGGAAGUUAAUGUUUUGGGAGCUCCUGGAAAGCCGAAAGGUCCCCUGGAAGUCAGUAACAUUACCAAAGAUAGCUGUAAACUUAAGUGGAAGAAGCCCGAUGAUGAUGGUGGCAAACCCAUUACCGCCUACCAAGUCGAGAAGUUUGAUAAAAAGCAAGGUCGUUGGGUGCCAGUCGGUCGUACGUCUGGCAAUGAUACCGAAAUCGAUGUCAAGGGCCUCCAAGAAGGCCAUGAAUAUCAGUUCCGGGUCAAGGCCAUCAACGAGGAAGGUGAAUCAGAACCUUUGGAGACCGAUGGCAGCAUCAUUGCUAAAAACCCUUAUGAUGCUGCUAGCAAACCUGGUACACCAAAGAUCGAUGAUUAUAAUGAACAUAUGGUUAAGCUUGUUUGGGAGCCACCUAAAGACAAUGGAGGUGCACCCAUAACAGGUUACAUUAUUGAAAAGAAGGACAAAUACUCUCCAAUCUGGGAUGAAGUACUAACAACAGAAAGUCCACUUCCUGAGGCAACAGUUGAAGGUUUGAUUGAAGGCAAUGUUUAUCAAUUCCGUGUUAGGGCUGUCAACAAGGCUGGUCCUAGCGAACCUAGUGACGCCACUGAACCACAUCUAGCGAAACCGAGAAACUUAAAACCAUGCAUUAAUCGGGAAAAGAUGAAACCCGUCAAGGUCCGCGCAGGCCAAACAGUGAAAUUCGAUGUCGAUGUUAAGGGAGAGCCGGCACCCACUUUAACUUGGUUCUUUAAAGAACAAGACUUAAUUCCCACUGGACAGUCUCGCAUUGAAAAUGAGGACUAUAAUACCAAGCUAGUUAUUAUGGACAGUUCCAGAAAGGAUACCGGUGUUUAUAAACUUAAAGCUGAGAAUAUUAAUGGUGUCGACGAAGCUGAAGUGGAAGUUAUAAUUUUAGACAAGCCAUCGAAACCAGAAGGACCAUUAGAAGUUAGUGACGUCCACAAGGAGGGUUGUAAACUCAAAUGGAAGAAACCUAAAGAUGAUGGUGGUGUACCUCUUACUGGUUAUGUAAUUGAAAAAUUAGAUACCGCUGUUGGGCGCUGGGUACCUGCCGGUACAGUUGAUCCCGAAAAGACUGAACAAGAAAUCAAGGGUUUGGAACCAAACCACAGAUACCAAUUCCGUGUUAAGGCAGUUAAUGAAGAAGGUGAAUCCGAACCAUUGGAAACGGAUUCGGCUAUCGUUGCCAAGAAUCCAUUCGAUGUUUCUGCACCACCUGGUCUACCAGAAUUCGAAGACUGGGAUGAACACCAUGUCAAGCUGAAGUGGGAACCACCAAUUCGUGAUGGUGGUGCUCCUGUUACUAGUUACAUAAUUGAAGUUAUGGACAAGGAUUCCGGCGAGUUUGUUAAGGCCGCUGAAACUGAUGGACCAGUUUGCAAGGGUGUUGUCAAAAAACUAGAAGAGGGCCAACAAUAUAAAUUCCGUGUCAGAGCAGUCAACAAGGCUGGUCCCUCCGAGCCUUCUGAGCAAACGAAUUGGCAUAUUGCCAAACCACGUUUCCUUAAACCACAUAUCGAUCGUACUAAUCUAAAACCAGUCAUUGUUAAAGUGGGUCUUUCUAUUAGCUUGGACAUUAACAUUAAAGGUGAGCCAGCACCUAAAGUAGAAUGGUCUUUCAGAGAUCAACCCUUGGUGUCCGACGAAGAAGGCAUUAAAAUUGAUAAUGUCGACUAUAACACCAAAUUUUUCGUUAUGCGUGCUAAACGUCCAAUGUCUGGCAAAUACACAAUUAAAGCUAGCAAUGAAGUGGGCGAAGAUGUUGCUGAACUAGAUGUCACCGUAUUAGGAAAGCCUGGAAAGCCUAAAGGUCCUUUACAAGUCAAUGACAUUACUAAGCACGGUUGCAAACUUAAAUGGGAGAAACCUGAAGAUGAUGGCGGUGCUCCCAUUGAUUACUACGAAAUUGAAAAACUUGAUCCACAUACUGGUCAAUGGUUGCCUUGUGGUAAAAGCACAGAACCCGAAGCUAAAGUCAUUGGACUGAGCGAAGGUAAACCAUACAAGUUCCGUGUAAGAGCCGUAAACAAGGAAGGCGAAUCUGAGGAUUUGGAAACUGAAAAGCCUAUAAUUGCUAAAAAUCCAUUCGAUGAGCCAGAUAAGCCGGGACGUCCAGAACCCACUAACUGGGAUAAAGAUUUUGUGGAUUUGGCAUGGGAUCCACCAAAAAGUGAUGGUGGUGCACCCAUACAGAAAUAUAUUAUACAAAUGCGCGAUAAAUCAGGUAGAUCUUGGGUGGAUGCUGCUACUGUUCCGGGAGAUCACACUAAGGGUACAGUAACCAAUGUUGAAGAAGGUCAUGAAUACGAGUUCCGUAUAGUUGCGGUUAAUAAAGCAGGUCCGAGUGAACCUAGUGAUGUUUCAAAAUCUGUUGUGGCUAAACCUCGUUUUCUUAAACCCCAUAUCGACCGCAAAAACUUACAAAAGAAAACAUUACGCAGCGGUCAAAUGUUGCAUAUGGAAGCAGCUGUUAAAGGUGAACCACCAGCAAAGGUUACCUGGACUUACAAUGCCGAAGUUCUUAAAACUAACGAUAGAAUAAAAAUUGAAAAUGAAGAUUAUAAAACAACAUUUAUAAUGCCAAAAGUUAAACGUUCCGAUAAGGGCAUUUACAUCGUUAUGGCUAAAAAUGAUUCCGGAACUGAUACUGUUGAAGUUGAGUUGGAAGUUUUGUGUAAACCCAGCAAGCCUAAAGGUCCUUUGGCUGUUUCCGAUGUGACAGCAGAAAGUGUUCAUUUGAAAUGGGAUAAACCAGACGAUGAUGGCGGUGAACCUAUUGAACAUUAUGUGGUUGAGCGUAUGGACACAGAAACUGGACGUUGGGUUCCAGUACUAACCACAAAGUCUCCGGAAGCCGAUGUGACUGGCCUUACCGAGGGUAAGGAAUAUUUGUUCCGUGUUAAAGCUGUCAAUGCUGAAGGCGAAUCUGAGCCAUUGGUUACAGAUAUUCCUACUACAGCUAAAAAUCCAUAUGAUCCAGCUGAUACUCCCGGAAAACCUCAAAUUGUCGACUGGUCUAGUAAUCAUGCUGACUUGAAGUGGCGUGCUCCCGAAGAUGACGGUGGAGCUCCUAUUACCGGUUAUAUAGUCGAAAAGAAAGAUAAUAAUACUGGCAAGUGGCAAAAAGUUUUAGAGACCAAUACGCCUGAGCCAAAGGCUCGCGUCAAUGAUUUAAUUGAGGGCACAAAAUACCAAUUCCGUGUCAAGGCUGUUAACAAAGCUGGUCAAAGUAAACCUUCAGAACCUUCAGAUCAAAUGAUUGCUAAAGACAGAUUUGCUCCUCCCAAAAUCGAUCGCACAAACAUUAAGGAUAUUACAGUUAAGGCUGGCAACCAUGUGAGAUACGACAUUAAAGUAUCAGGAGAACCACCAGCAACAAAGACUUGGUUCCACAAUAAAGCACGUCUGGAAGGCGAUGAAGUUACUAUUGAUUUAGAACCAUACCGCACUAAACUUGCAAUACCCUUUGCCAAACGUUCCCAUACUGGCAAAUAUACCAUUAAGGCUGAAAAUGAAUCUGGCCACGAUGAAGCUUCAUUUGAAGUUACUGUCCUUGAUAGACCUGGUCAGCCAGAAGGACCUCUUCGUAUAUCAGAUGUACAUAAGGAAGGUUGUAAGCUUAAAUGGAAUCCUCCAUUGGACGAUGGUGGUUUACCUAUUGAACACUAUAUUGUUGAGAAAAUGGAUGUGGAAACUGGCCGUUGGUUACCAUCAGGACGCUUUAAGGAACCAUUUGCUGAAUUGAAUAAUUUGGUGCCUGGCCAGGAGUAUAAAUUCCGUGUUCUGGCUGUUAACACUGAAGGUGAAUCGGAGCCUUUGAAUGGUGAUAAAUCUAUUAUUGCUAAAAAUCCAUUCGAUGAACCCGGUAAACCUGGUACACCAGAGGCAGUUGACUGGGAUAAGGAUCAUGUAGAUCUUGUUUGGAAACCACCGCUCAACGACGGUGGUUCUCCUAUAACUGGCUACACUGUUGAAAAACGUGAAAAGGGUACAGAUAAAUGGAUUAAGGCUACUGAAAUUUCGGCACCAUUACCAGGUGAUGAGUGCAAAGCCACUGUACCUAAUUUGGAUGAAAACUGUGAAUACGAAUUUAGAGUUAAAGCUAUAAAUGCUGCAGGGCCUGGAGAACCCUCUGAUGCCAGCAAGACGGUUAUAACAAAACCAAGAAAACUCGCUCCCAAAAUCGAUCGCCGCAAUAUCCGCACUUACAAUGUAAAAGCUGGAGAACCUAUUUGUUUGGAUAUUCAGGUAUCCGGUGAACCAGCUCCUGAUGUUGUUUGGUCUCAAAGUGGAAAAUCCAUUCAACAAACUUCAUCUCGUCGCAUUGACAAUAUUCCGUACAAUACUAAAUACAUCAAUGGAAGUCCAGAACGUAAAGAUACUGGUCUAUAUAAGAUUGUAGCUACUAACAAAUAUGGUCAAGAUCAAGUUGAAUUUCAAAUAAACAUUAUAACAAAACCUGCCAAACCAGAGGGUCCUUUGGAAGUUUCGGAUAUUCACAAAGAAGGUUGCAAAUUGAAAUGGAAAAAACCCAAGGACGAUGGUGGUGAGCCUAUUGAUGGAUAUGUCAUUGAAAAGUUCGAUCCAGAUACCGGUAUUUGGUUGCCUUGUGGAAAGAGUGAUGUACCUGAAUUUGAAGUUGAUGGCUUAACUCCAGGACACGAAUACAAAUUCCGUGUUAAAGCUGUUAAUAAAGAAGGUGAAUCAGAACCUCUAGAAACAUUUGGAACAAUCGUUGCUAAAGAUCCCUUCACAACACCAUCUAAGCCUGGAGCACCUGAACCUACAGACUGGACGGCGAAUAAAGUUGAUUUGGCCUGGCCAGAACCUGCUAGUGAUGGCGGUUCACCAAUCACUGGUUAUAUAGUAGAGAAGAAGGACAAAUAUAGUCCAAUGUGGGAGAAAGCUCUUGAAACUGAUUCUCCAGCACCCUUGGCAACAAUAAAUGGUCUGAUUGAAGGAAAUGAGUAUCAAUUCCGUAUUAUAGCUGUCAACAAAGCUGGUCAAUCUGAACCCUCUGAUGCCGGUAAAACAUUUGUAGCCAAACCUCGUUAUUUGGCACCUAAGAUUGAUAGACGUAAUUUAAGAGAUGUAACAAUUUCUGCUGGUUCCACUUUGAAAUUAGAUGCCAACAUUGUGGGCGAGCCUGCUCCCAAAGUGGAAUGGAGAUUUUCUAAUUGUCCCUUGACAACAGGCAAAAACGUCACUAUUGAUUCUCCCGACUACUAUACGAAAUUAGUCAUUCGUCCCGCUCAGCGCGCCGAUUCAGGCGAAUAUGUUGUUACGGCUACAAAUAGCUCCGGCAAAGAUACAGUUCAAAUUAAUGUAGUGGUAACAGACAAACCAACUGCCCCUAAAGGUCCUCUACAAAUUUCUGAUGUUCACAAAGAAGGCUGUCAUCUAAAAUGGAAACGGCCACAAGAUGAUGGCGGCACUCCUAUUGAAUAUUUCCAAAUUGAUAAACUGGACCCUGAAAGUGGAUGCUGGAUACCUUGUUGCCGUUCUACGGAACCUCAAGCCGAUGUCACAGGCCUCAAUCCUGGAGGUGAAUACAAAUUCCGUGUUUCUGCUGUCAAUGCUGAAGGAGAAUCAGAACCUUUAGUAGGCGAUGAAUCCAUUAUUGCCAAAAAUCCCUUCGAUGAACCUGGCAAGCCAGAAAACCUUCGACCUACCGAUUGGGAUAAAGACCAUAUUGACUUGGCCUGGACAGCUCCCUUUAACGAUGGUGGAUCUCCUAUUACAGGUUAUAUUGUAGAAAAGAAGGAUAAAUAUGGUAAAUGGGAGAAAGCCGCUGAAGUGCCUGCUGAUCAAACCAAGGCCACAGUACCUGAUUUAGUAGAAGGCCAGGCUUACGAAUUCCGUGUUUCGGCUGUAAAUGCCGCUGGUCCUGGUGAACCAUCAGAUGCUACCCAACCCAUUGUAGCUAAACCUCGUAAUAAGGCACCUCUUAUUGAUCGCACUAAUCUCAUCGAGGUUCGCAUUAAAGCAGGACAGGCCUUUACAUUUGACUGCAAGGUGUCAGGUGAACCUGCACCCAAAACCAAGUGGUUGCUUAAAAAACGUGAAGUUUACACUAAAGAUAAUGUGAAAGUUACACAUGUUGAUUAUAACACCAAACUGAAGGUAUCUAACGCUACACGUGCUGAUUCAGGAGUAUAUACCGUACAUGCUGAAAACAUGAGUGGAGAAGAUAGUGCCGAUGUCAAAGUCACUGUAAUUGACAAGCCUUCACCUCCCAAUGGCCCCUUGAAGGUGGAUAAUGUUCAUGCUGAAGGUUGCUCAUUACACUGGAAUCCUCCAGAUGAUGAUGGCGGGCAACCAAUUGAAAACUAUGUAAUUGAAAAGUUGGACGAAAUUACUGGACGUUGGGUUCCAGCUGGUGAAACUGAUGGUCCUACUACUAAUUUCGAUGUUAAAGGUCUUACCCCAGGCCACAAAUACAAAUUCCGUGUACGUGCUAAGAACCGUCAAGGAACCUCUGAUCCGUUGACUACUCCUCAUGCCACUGAAGCCAAAAAUCCCUAUGGAGAACCCACAAAACCUGGAACACCAGAAAUCAAAGACUUUGACAAAGACUUUGUGGACUUGGAAUGGUCUCGUCCCGAGAGUGAUGGUGGCUCGCCUAUUACAGGCUAUGUAAUUGAGAAGCGCGAUAAGUAUUCUCCAAACUGGGAACCUUGUGCAGAAGUUGAAGGUGAUGUCACAUCGGGUCAUGUUCCUGAUUUGGUCGAAGGUGUUAAAUAUGAAUUCCGUGUACGUGCUGUUAAUAAAGCUGGGCCAGGAGAACCUAGUGAUGCUUCACUAUCUCAUGUUGCACGUCCUAAGAAUUUACCGCCAAAGAUUGAUCGUAACUUUAUGCUUGAUAUUAAAGUACGUGCUGGUAAUACAUUUGAAUUUGAUGUACCUGUAAUUGGUGAACCUGUUCCUGCAAAGGAAUGGUCACAUGAAGGCAAUAUUGUUAUUAACACUGAUCGUGUUAAGCUGGUCAAUGAAGACUACCGCACAAAACUUCGCGUAGUCGAUGCUAAGCGUGCCGAUACUGGAGAAUACACAUUAGUAGCUCGCAAUAUUAAUGGCGUGGACAAAGCUACAGUUAAAGUUACUGUUUUGGAUGUACCGUCGGCUCCUGAGGGACCUCUACGUCCUGAUGAAGUCACCAAGAACUCCAUUACUUUACGUUGGCGUCCACCUAAAGAUGACGGUGGUUCAGAAAUUACACACUAUGUCGUGGAAAAAAUGGAUACUGAUGCCAUGAGAUGGGUACCAGUAGGUGAUUGUGCUGAUUGCGAAAUUCGUGCUGAGAAUCUAAUCGAAGGACAUGACUACAAUUUCCGCGUACGUGCCGUUAACAAACAAGGCCAAUCACAACCUCUCGUAACCACCCAAGCCAUUACGGCCAAGGAUCCCUUCUCACGACCUGACAAACCUGGACAACCCCAGGCAGUUGAUUGGGGUAAAAACUUUGUCGAUCUGGAAUGGCCAGCUCCUAAACGUGAUGGUGGAUCCCCCAUUACUGGUUACAUCAUAGAGAAGCGUCCUAAAUUCGGGCAAUGGGAGAAAGCUUUGGACGUUCCUGGAGGUGAAACAAAAGCUCAUAUUCCUGAUUUAACUGAAGGUCAAGAGUAUGAAUUCCGAGUAGUUGCAGUUAACCGUGGUGGUCACAGUGACCCAUCUGAUCCUACAAUGCCAGUAAUUUGUAAACCUCGAUUUUUGGCACCCUACUUUGAUAAGUCUUUGCUUAACGACAUUACAGUUCAUGCUGGAAAGAGCCUCGGUUGGUCACUGCCUAUUGAAGCAUCUCCAAGACCAACAAUUAAGUGGUUGUUUAAUGGCAAGGAAAUUGAACCUUCGCCACGUGUCGAUAUGAACUUAUUCCAAAACGAAUUAACAUUCGAAAUUUCAAGUGCGUUGCGUUCCGAUGAAGGUAGAUAUACCCUGGUUUUGAAAAACGAACACGGAUCAUUUGACGCUACUGCUCACGCAACAGUAUUGGAUCGUCCUAGCCCACCAAUUGGUCCUUUGGAUAUCACUAAAAUUACUCGAGAUGGUUGUCAUCUUACCUGGCAAGUGCCCGAAGAUGAUGGUGGUUCACCUAUUUUACACUAUAUUAUUGAAAAAAUGGACUUGUCACGCGGUACUUGGUCUGACGCUGGUAUGAGCACACACCCAGUACAUGAUGUGACACGCCUUACACAUCGCAAAGAAUAUUUGUUCCGUGUCAAAGCAGUAAAUGCUAUUGGAGAAUCCGAACCUUUGGAAGCUGCCAAGAGUAUUAUCGCCAAAAAUGAAUUCGAUGAACCAGAUGCACCUGGCAAGCCCGUCGUCACUGACUGGGAUCGUGAUCACGUUGACUUGCAAUGGGCUGAGCCCAAGUCGGAUGGUGGUUCUCCCAUCACAGAGUAUAUUAUACAAAAGAAAGAAAAGGGUAGUCCCUACUGGGUUAAUGUGGUUCAUGCCCCUGCAAACAAAACAUCGGCGACAGUUCCAGAUUUAACAGAAGGACAAGAGUAUGAAUUCCGUGUCAUUGCUGUAAAUCAAGCUGGCCAAUCAGAACCUUCCGAACCUUCGGAUAUGAUCACAGCCAAGGCUAGAUAUUUGGCUCCUAAAAUUAUUACGCCCUUGCAUGAUAUACGCAUUAAAGCGGGUCUUAUUUUCCAUAUUGAUAUCAAUUUCAUUGGUGAACCAGCGCCCGAAGUUAUUUGGAACCUCAACAGCAAACCUUUGACAAAUAAUGAACGCUCUACCAUAACUUCGAUUGGCUACCAUACAGUUGUUCACACUGUCAAUUGUCAGCGUAGUGAUUCUGGUCGCUAUCAUUUGCUCUUACGUAACGAUUCAGGCAUUGAUGAAGGAAGCUUUGAAUUGGUUGUACUUGAUCGCCCUGGACCACCAGUUGGUCCUCUGGAGUAUGAAGAAAUUACUGCAAAUUCUGUAACAGUUUCGUGGAAACCUCCUAAAGACAAUGGAGGUUCAGAAAUUUCUGCUUAUGUUAUUGAAAAACGUGACUUGACUCACGGUGGUGGCUGGGUGCCAGCAGUGACCUAUGUUAAUGCCAAAUACAAUCAUGCCGUUGUGCCACGACUCUUGGAAGGUACACAAUAUGAAUUCCGCGUAAUGGCAGAAAACUUGCAGGGACGUUCUGAUCCUCUGACAUCGGAAGAACCAGUAAUUGCCAAGAAUCAAUACACAGUACCUGGAGCUCCUAGCAAGCCAGAGCUGACCGAAAGUGAUAAGGAUCAUAUUUCUAUUAAAUGGAAGGCCCCUAUUAGUAAUGGAGGUUCUCCUGUCAUUGGCUAUGACAUUGAAAGACGUGACGUUGCCACUGGUCGCUGGCUUAAGAUUAAUGCUGAACCUGUUCCUAACACCGAAUACACAGAUGAUCGCGUUACUUUCGAUCACCAAUAUCAAUACCGCGUGUCUGCUGUAAAUGCAGCUGGUAAUGGUAAACACUCAGAACCCUCCAAUGUAUUGACUGCUAAAUCAAUGCGCGAAAAACCACGUUUGCAUUUGGAUGGUUUAAUCGGCCGCAAGAUUAAGGUGCGUGCUGGUGAACCCGUGAAUGUUAAUAUACCCAUUUCGGGAGCUCCCACACCCACAAUUGAAUGGAAGCGUGGAAGUGUUAGAGUACCUGAAAAUAACCGAUACUCAUUUAGUACAAAUUCGGAACGUACUAUCUUCCGCAUCGACGAUACCACCAGAGACGAUGCUGCUGUUUACAAUAUUACGGCAUCAAAUGAAUUCGGAAAAGAUUCCGCAGAUAUCGAAAUCAUAGUUGUUGAUAAGCCCACUCCACCUGAAGGACCAUUGACUUACACUGAAACUGCUCCUGAUCACAUCUCCCUUUCGUGGAACCCUCCCAAAGAUAAUGGAGGAAGUGAUAUUACUGGCUACGUUAUUGAACUAAGUGAAUUUGGUUCUGAUAACUGGCGCCCUGUACCAGGCUAUUGUCCUAAAACUAGCUAUACGGUGAAGGGUCUGACAGAGGGCAAGAAAUAUGUAUUCCGAGUUAGAGCAGAAAAUAUAUAUGGCCUAUCUGAACCAUUAGAAGGUAAACCCAUUGUUGCGAAAUCGCCAUUUGAUCCCCCAGAUGCUCCAAGUCAGCCAAAGGUUGUCGCCUAUUCACCAACAUCAGCCAGUUUGGAAUGGCAUCCACCAGAGUAUUGCGGGGGUAAACCUAUCACUGGUUAUAUAGUUGAACGUCGUGAACGUGGAGGGGAAUGGAUCAAAUGCAACAACUAUCCAACACCAAAUACCAGCUAUACCGUACCUGACUUACACGAAGGCGGACGUUAUGAGUUCCGCGUUUUGGCUGUUAAUGAGGCCGGACCUGGUAAACCAUCCAAGCCUUCGGAACCUAUUACGGCUGAAUUACAAAGAUACAAACCUGAUCCACCAGAGCCACCAAAGGCAGAUCGUAUAACUAAGGAUAGUGUUACCUUGUCAUGGCGUCCUCCUAGAAAUGAUGGUAAAUCUAAAAUCAAGGGCUAUUUCUUGGAAAUUAAACCUAAAAAUUCUAAGAACUGGGAACCAGUUAACGAAUUGCCUAUAAAUAAUACCGUACAUACCAUACCAAACCUAAAGGAAGGUGAAGAAUAUACUUUCCGCGUCUCUGCUGUUAAUGAAGUUGGUCGCUCAGAUCCUUCAAAACCUUCACAACCAAUUGUUAUUGAAGAACAAGCCAACAAACCAUGCAUGGAUCUAGGAGGCGUUCGCGAUAUUGUUUGUCGUGCUGGUGAGGACUUUAGCAUUCACGUUCCUUAUGUAGGCUUCCCUCGACCAACCGCUCAUUGGUAUGCUAACGAUAUAGUGUUAGAGGAUGAUGGUCAACGUAUGUUCCAACGUUUAACAGAUGAUUCGGCUUCAUUUAUUGUAAAAAAUUCUAAACGCUCCGACUCUGGACAAUACAGACUGCAGCUGAAAAAUCCGUCUGGUUUUGAUACCGCUACUAUAAAUGUUAAGGUUCUAGAUCGUCCAAAACCACCCACCAAUUUGUGUGCUGACGAAUUCGCUGGUGAUGCUCUUACAUUAUAUUGGACACCACCUAAAGAUGAUGGAGGUUCACCAAUCACUAACUACAUUAUUGAAAAGAAAGAAGCCCACUCAUCAACUUGGUCAAAGGUUAGCAGUUACUGCACUGUACCUUUCGUACGUAUACGUAAUUUAACGAUAGGCAAGGAAUACGAUUUCCGUGUAAUUGCUGAAAAUAAAUAUGGACAAUCUGAUCCAGCAACUACAGAUGAACAUAUUCGCGCCAGACAUCCCUUCGAUGUUCCUAAUGCCCCAGGCGUGCCUCGUGGUAUUGAUUCCUCCGAAGAUAGCAUUACAAUUACAUGGACUAAACCUAGACACGAUGGUGGCUCUCCCAUUACUGGUUAUGUUAUAGAAAAACGCUUGAUCAGUGAAGAAAAGUGGACUAAAGCUAUACAAUCAUUGUAUCCCAGUUUGACAUGUAAAAUUCCCAACCUUAUUGAAAAUGCUGAAUAUGAGUUUAGAGUAGCUGCAGUAAAUGCUGCUGGUCAAUCACCAUAUAGCGCUUCAAGUGAUCCUAUAUUCUGCCGCCGACCACCACAUGCACCAAAGAUUACUUCUGAUCUCUCAAUACGUGAUAUGACUGUAAUUGCUGGUGAAGAAUUCCGUAUAACUGUGCCUUAUCAUGCCAAUCCACGGCCUACUUCAGCAUGGACUAUUAACAACCAAGAAGUUUUGCAAGACGAUCGUAUCAAAUUCGAGACUACAGAUUACAGUUCUGUCUAUCACAACAAGUGCGCUAAGCGCUCAGAGACUGGAUCGUACACCAUUACUCUCACCAACAACAAGGGUUCUGAUUCUGCUUCUUGCUAUGUAACGGUUGUCGAUAAACCAGGCAUUCCUCAAGGACCUUUGAUGGCCUCAGACAUUACACCCGAUACCUGCACACUGUCUUGGAAGACUCCAUUAGAUGAUGGCGGAUCACCGAUUACCAACUAUGUGGUCGAAAAACUUGAUAACAGCGGCACCUGGGUAAAAGUUAGUAGUUUUGUGCGUAAUAUUCACUACGAUGUAAUGGGCUUGGAACCAAAUCACAAGUAUCACUUCCGUGUACGCGCUGAAAAUCAAUAUGGUCUCUCCGAACCCCUGGAAAUGGAAGAUCCUAUAACAGCAAAAUACCAAUUUACCGUUCCUGAUGCUCCAGGUCAACCUAAAGUUAUAGACUGGGACUCAGGCAAUGUCACAUUGAUCUGGACUCGUCCAAGCAGUGAUGGUGGUUCCCGCAUCCAAGGCUACCAAAUUGAAUACCGAGACGUUGUGAAUGACUCCGCUUGGAAUACCUAUGAAUUUUUGAUUAAAGACACCAAAUAUCAGCUAUACAAUCUAACAAAUGGCUGUGAAUACGAAUUCAGAGUUAAAGCUAAAAAUGCUGCUGGUUUCAGUAAACCCUCAGCUCCUUCCACACGCUUUAAACUUAAGGGUAAGUUCACGGUUCCUUCACCACCUGGUACGCCUCAAGUUGUUAAAGUAGGCAAAAACUACGUUGACCUCAAAUGGGAGAAACCACUCAGCGAUGGAGGUUCACGUAUCACUGGUUACAUCGUGGAGCGUCGUGAUAUUGGGGGCGCUAUUUGGGUUAAAUGUAAUGACUACAAUGUCAUGGAUACUGAAUACACUGUUAUAAACCUCAUUGAAAUGGGAGACUAUGAAUUCCGCAUUUUUGCUGUCAAUGCUGCCGGUCGUUCCGAACCCAGUUCCUGCACCAUGCCUAUUAAGGUUUGCGAAGUAUUAGGUGGUGAGAAGCCCGAAUGGAUAACUCGUCUACAAGAUCGUGUGGCACCAUUUGGCAAAGACUUUACUUUGCAAUGUCAGGCUACUGGCAAACCCGCUCCUACAGCAAGAUGGCUACGUAAUGGAAAAGAAAUUCAAAUGGGCUCAGGCCGUUAUACUUGUGAUAGUAAGGAUGGCGUUUUCCGUUUGCAUAUCUCCAAUGUACAGAAUGGUGAUGAUGGCGAUUACACUUGUGAAGCCAUUAACUCCCUUGGUUUUGUGCAUACAUCUGGACAUCUCAAGAUUGGCUCACCUCCAGUUAUCAACAGAUGUCCAACAGAGUUGUUCUGGCCCGAAGGUGAUAACACUAAAAUUAAAAUCUUCUAUGGCGGUGAUCAACCUAUGAAUGUUAGGAUUACUCGUAACAAUGAAACAAUAACUGAUGACGAGUCUCAUUUCAAAUACACCAUUUUCGACGAUUAUGUAGCCAUUUUCAUACGUGACAUCGUUAAGACUGAUGCAGGAUUAUAUCAAAUCGAAUUCUCCAAUGAUUCAGGUACUGCCACUGCUCAAUUUGAUGCACGCAUAACUGGCUUGCCUUCAGCACCUGUCGGCCCAAUGGGUGUCUCACAUAUUAACAAGCACUCUUGUACACUGGCUUGGCGUCCACCCACAUAUGAUGGCGGUCUACGUGUUACUCACUAUGUUGUAGAACGCAAAGACGUUACUUCUCCACAUUGGAUAACCGUAUCCAGUUUCUGUAAGGAGACCUCAUUCAAUGUUCAGGGUCUUAUUGAAAAUCAAGAAUACGUGUUCCGUGUUAUGGCUGUUAAUGAAAAUGGCAUGGGUCCAGCUUUGGAAGGACUUAACCCAAUUAGAGCCAAGGCUCCAAUAGACCCACCAUCUCCACCAGGAACCCCCAAGGUUCAUGAAAUCGGCGAGGACUUUGUGCAUUUGGAAUGGGAAAAACCCGAAUCGGAUGGCGGUGCUCACAUUCAAGGCUAUUGGAUAGACAAGCGCGAGGUUGGUAGCAGCACAUGGCAACGUGUCAACGUUACCAUUUGCGCGGCCAACCAAAUCAAUUGUCCCAACCUUAUUGAGGGACGUCAAUAUGAAUUCCGCGUUUUCGCUCAAAAUGAAGCUGGUCUCUCCAAGGAGUCUGUAGCUUCAACACCUGUAAAGAUGAUUGAUCCAAAGGCUGCAACAGCGCCUGUGAUUGUGAAACCGCUACGCGAUGCCCAAUGCAUACAAAAUCAUAACGCACAAUUUAGUUGUACAAUAACCGGUAUUCCUAAGCCAGUUAUUACUUGGUACAAGGGAGCACGUGAAAUUACCAAUGGUGCCCGUUAUCAUAUGUACUCAGAAGGCGACAAUUAUUUCCUCAAUAUUAACGAUGUCUUUGGCGAAGAUGCUGAUGAAUAUGUAUGCCGUGCUGUAAACAAAGCUGGUGCCAAAUCAACUCGCGCCGCUCUUGCAAUUGCAACCGCACCAAAAUUGAACGUUCCACCACGAUUCCGUGACACUGCCUACUUUGACAAAGGCGAAAAUGUUGUUGUUAAAAUUCCAUUCACUGGCUUCCCUAAGCCUCGUAUUCAUUGGGUACGUGAUGGUGAAAAUAUUGAGUCUGGUGGUCACUACCACGUAGAAACAAAAGAACGUCACGCUAUAUUAACAAUUCGUGAUGGUUCUCGUAUGGAUUCGGGCCCUUAUAGAAUAACGGCAGAAAAUGAAUUGGGUUCUGAUACGGCUAUUAUUAAAAUACAAAUAAGUGACCGCCCUGAUCCUCCACGAUUCCCCACCGUUGAUAAUAUUGGCAUUGAUUCGUUAUCACUUAGCUGGAAGGCACCAGUUUGGGAUGGUGGUAGUAACAUAACCAACUAUUUGGUAGAAAAACGUGAACAUCCCCUAUCCUCCUGGCUUCGUGUGGGUAAUACCCGUUUCACAACAAUGGCUGUUACAGGAUUGACACCUGGAAAGGAAUAUGAAUUCCGGGUUUAUGCCGAUAAUGUUUAUGGUCGUUCCGAUCCUUCAGACGUAAGUACCUUAGUGAAGACAAAGGAUGCUAUUAAAAAGAAGCCUAAAGAACGUAAAUGGGAAAUCGAUGAAAAUGGCAAAAAGGUACGAGGCAAGGCUGAUGGGCCCAUCAAGGAUUAUGAUUCAUAUGUCUUUGAUAUUUAUUCUAAAUAUGUACCGCAACCAGUCGAAAUCUCACACGAUAGUGUAUAUGACAAAUAUGAUAUCUUAGAAGAAAUCGGUACUGGUGCCUUUGGUGUAGUACACAGAUGCCGUGAACGUAGUACAGGCAACAUUUUCGCUGCCAAGUUCAUACCUGUCUCACAUGCUGUUGAAAAAGACCUCAUUCGACGUGAAAUCGAUAUAAUGAACCAAUUGCACCAUCAAAAGUUAAUAAACUUGCACGAUGCCUAUGAGGACGACGAUGAAAUGGUUUUAAUUUUGGAAUUCUUAUCUGGCGGAGAACUUUUCGAACGCAUUACAACAGAAGGUUAUCGUAUGACUGAAGCCGAAGUUAUUAACUACAUGAGACAAAUUUGCGAAGGCAUAAGACAUAUGCACGAAAAGAAUAUUAUACAUCUAGAUAUAAAGCCAGAAAAUAUAAUGUGUCAAACCCGUAAUAGCACAAAUGUGAAAUUAAUAGAUUUCGGUCUAGCGACACGUCUGGACCCCAAUGAGGUAGUUAAGAUUACAACUGGUACUGCAGAGUUUGCAGCACCAGAAAUUGUCAAUCGCGAACCAGUUGGCUUCUACACCGAUAUGUGGGCUACUGGUGUCUUAACAUAUGUCCUGCUUAGUGGUCUUUCACCUUUUGCUGGUGAUAAUGACAUACAAACACUUAAAAACGUUAAGGCUUGUGAUUGGGACUUUGAUGCUCAGGCUUUCCGUCAUAUUUCCGAGGAGGGAAAAGACUUUAUACGAAAACUUCUGGUGGCUAACAAGGAAAAACGUAUGACUGCACAUGAGUGCUUGUUGCAUCCAUGGCUAACCGGCGAUCAUAGUGAUCUUACACAACAAAUUGCACGCGAUCGUUAUCUUGCAUUCCGGGACAAACUUCGUAAGAAGUAUGAAGACUUUGGAAAAUACCUGUUACCUAUUGGUCGCCUUUCGGAAUAUUCUUCACUACGCAAACUUCUUAUGGAAAAAUACAAAAUGCAUGACACAUCAUUUGAUCGUCGUCAAGCUGCUCCUCGCUUUGUAAUACGUCCAUCAUCCCAAUUCUGUUACGAAGGUCAAAGCGUCAAAUUCUACUGCCGCUGCAUUGCCAUUGCAACACCUACACUUACAUGGACCCACAACAAUGUUGAGCUGCGCCAAAGCGUCAAGUUUAUGAAGAGAUACGCUGGCGAUGACUACUACUUUAUCAUCAAUCGUGUAAAACUAGAAGAUCGCGGCGAGUACAUAAUACGUGCCGAAAAUCAUUAUGGCUCACGCGAAGAAGUCGUUUUCCUAAACGUUCAACCACUGCCUAAGGAACAGCCUAGAUAUGUCCAUGAGUCAACACCGGUUCGUCGCCGUGAACCUCUCCCAUACACGUUCUGGCAAGAAGAAUCCGAAUCAGCACCCAGUUUUACAUUCCUGUUACGUCCACGCGUUAUGCAGGCUCGUGAUACCUGCAAACUUCUCUGCUGUCUAAGUGGUAAACCAGUGCCAACCGUUAAGUGGUACAAGGAUGGUCGCGAACUAAACAAAUAUGAAUAUUCUAUGACCCAUUCUGAUGGUGUAGUUACAAUGGAAAUCAUUGACUGCAAGCCCUCCGACUCUGGUAAAUACACAUGCAAGGCUACAAAUUGCCAUGGUACAGAUGAAACCGAAUGUGUAGUCAUUGUUGAAGGAGAAUGGGUUACACCUGAGCAGGCAGAACUUGCUCAUAAUUUCUUAUAUUCAGGAGAUCGCAAAUAUAUUGAACAUCCUCUUAAACCAGUGCCACCACCAAUCAUAACGAGGACACAAUUUAGUUCAUCUUCACAUAAUUCUAGCUCAUUUUCUUCAUCCACAACACGACAGAAUGGGGUUUCGUCGAACUAUUCAUCGACGAAUCAAAACUACUCAUCCAGCAGCAGCAACAAGACUGUCAAUAACUCUACAAGUUCCUAUUCAACAACAAAUAAUAGCAUUUCGAACAAAAAGAAAUAUGCCGCCAACAGCCUUCAAACUCCCGGAAGUCCCUCCAGAUCACGUAGUGCCACUAAGGAAUUGAUACUGCCUCCAGAUGAUUCUUUAAUGUGCAAGCCAGAGUUUACCAAGCCCUUACAAGACUUGAGUAUACGUGAUGGUGAUCAAUUGGUAUUGACCUGCCAUGUUAAAGGAGAUCCAGAUCCACAAAUCACAUGGUCUAAAAAUGGAAAAUCCAUUGCCUCGUCAGAUAUUAUGGACUUGAAAUAUAAAAAUGGCAUUGCCACACUUACCAUACAUGAAGUAUUCCCCGAAGAUGAAGGGGUUUACACCUGCACAGCAACCAACUCUAUUAGCGCCGUCGAAACAAAAUGCAAAUUAACUGUUAAACCUUUGGAUAAAAACUCCACCAAACGUUUAAUUAGCAGUGAUAAACCACCAAGAAUUGUUAGUCAUUUAGAAUCCCGCUUCGUUAAAGACGGUGAUAUGGUGACAUUGGCGUGCCGCAUUAUUGGCGCUGAAAACUUCGAUGUGGUAUGGUUGCAUAAUAACAAAGAAAUCAAGCCCAGCAAAGAUUUCCAAUAUACCAAAGAGGCGAAUAUUUAUAAAUUACAAAUAGCAGAGAUCUUCCCUGAAGAUGCUGGUACUUAUACCUGCGAAGCAUUCAACGACGCUGGUGAAUCAUAUAGCACAUGUACCAUCAAUGUGAUUGUACCAGGUGAAGAGCCAAAGCAACCCACUUUCGUCAAAUUCCCCACAUCAGUAACCGUUCAGGAAGGUGAAAACGCUAAAUUCGAAUGUGAAACCCAAGAAGAACCUUUACAAUUGACCUGGCUUAAAGAUGGCAAACAAGUCAACGAAUCUAGUUCACGCUACACCUUUACCAAGGAAGAUGGCAAUCGCUACACCUUCACCAUUAAGCAAUGUUCCAUAGAUGAUAUAGGUCAAUACCAAGCUAAAUCGAUUGGAAGAAAGGGUGAAACAUUUGCCGCUUUCUCCAUCAAUGUAUUUAGUACCGAAUCAUAAAACAAACGAAUAACGAAUACUUAAUAUUAUUAAUAUUAUUAUUAUUGUAAUAAUUGUAAAUACACAUAGUUUAUUUUUUUACAAACAAGAGAACAAAAUAACGGCGCUCGCUAUAAAUCUCUCACAUAUAUAGUUGAACAACCUACAUACAAACUUAUAUAUGCAUUUCUCUUGUUUACAAAAUGUAGUUAAAAACAAAUUCGCUCUCACACUCUCUCCCUCUAGAGUUCUCUUUUUGUACUUUACAUACAUAUUUUGUUUAAUUCAUUAGAAUAAAUUUUUUUAUAUUAUACUAUAUGAUUAAAUUGAUAAUACUGAUGUACUUUUUCUGUUGGUUAAUUUUGUAGUUAAGUUUUGUUAUAAAAACACUUAAUUAGUAAUUUCUUCAACGGUUUCGUUCGAUUGGUGUUUAUUUUGAUAUUGACAUUUUAUCAAGUGGCAUCCUCAACUCUCAAUAAAGAUACUCUCUCUAUAAUAUAUACUAUAUCUCUCUCUGUGAAAAAAGAACAUCAAUAAUGUCAAAUCCAAUUAACAAAAUCGAAUUAAACCAAUUAAACCUGUUAAACUAAUUAGAGCUAUUUAAAGUGUUUUCCAAUAUUUUUUUUAAUUUACGAAGUUGGUGAUAAUGUAUUAAAAACGAUUAUUUACAUCAAUUUAUUUUGACUUACGUAUUGCGCAUUAAAAAUAAAUAAUUUGUAAUAAAUACUGAAUAUAAAGACAAA